UGUGUAUCGACUUUUUAUUUUGGUUUGGUUUACCACUGUCAAAGAGGUCGUUUUGUAUGUUUUUUAGUUAGCUGCAUAAAUAAAGUUAAAUUUUUACUAUCAUUAUGAGUGUAUUACGAGAAAAAGUCGACACUAUUAAUAACAAGCCUUUGCCUCAAUUAGAAUCGAAAGUUAUUACACCAGAGGAAGUGUUGAAAUUAACAAAAAUUACUGAUACAUAUUUGUGUGAUCCAGAUGCAAACAUAUAUGAUAUUGACUUUACACGGUUUAAAUUACGGGAUUUAGAAAGUGGGGCAAUACUAUUUGAAAUUGCUAAACCAUUGCCAGAAAGUGUUGAGGACAGUGCGGAUAAAAAUAUUGAAAAUGAAGAGAUAUUGGAUCCAAAUGCAGGGCGAUUUGUUAGAUAUCAAUUUACCCCUCAAUUCUUAAAAUUAGCAACUGUUGGAGCAACGGUUGAGUUUACUGUUGGCAGUAAACCUGUGAACAACUUUAGGAUGAUUGAGCGGCACUUUUUCAGAGAUAAACUAUUAAAAACAUUUGAUUUUGAAUUUGGAUUUUGUAUACCAUACUCUAGAAACACAUGUGAACAUAUUUAUGAAUUCCCUUCAUUAGCUCCUGAACUAGUUAAUGACAUGAUAGAGAACCCAUUUGAAACAAGAUCGGACUCAUUUUAUUUUGUGGACAAUUGUCUUAUAAUGCAUAAUAAGGCUGACUAUGCUUAUAAUGGUGGUAUGUCAACAUAACAUUAAAUUUUGUAUACAGGGUUUUGAAACACAAUAAUUUUGUCUAAAUUUUUGACGUUUGAGAUAAAUUUACACUACAAGUAGGAUUAAGAGAAAUAAUUGCUUGUAUCUGGACUAGUCACAAAUCUCUGACAGUAUUCCAUUCUUAGAGAUAAAUUUACUCAAGAAUCAGGAUGUCUCCAGCUGUGCAUAAAAAUUACAAAGUAAAAAAUGAAAAAUAAAAAUACAAAAGGUUUAUUCAAGACAAAUAAUCUGAGCCCGUUUGCCAAAAAUGAUAAAAU